UCAGAGAGAGGAACAUGUUCUCACUGAGGAAUACACUACAACACCUCAACACUCAUGGACUCUGAGUCUCUGGACCGCUGCAUCCAGUCCACUCUGUCGGCGCUCUACCCGCCCUUCCAGGCCACGUCCCCGACGGUCCUGGUCCAGGUCCUCAGCGUGGUGGAACGCUGCUACCGAGGAGACGGCCUCCGCUACCUGUUCCACUUCCUGCUGCCAGCAAAGACUCUCCUAGCAGAACUGCAGCACCAUGCCUGUCUGCAGUACUGUGGUCUAUUGUUCCGUCAUGAGGGCUGGCCUCUGUGUGUCCAUGAGAAGAUAGUGGUUCAGCUCUGUCCUCUGGACCAGCGUCUCCUUCGUUCAGGAGACUUCUACCUGCUGGUUUCUCCUCCUGCUGCUGCUCCUCCUCCCCGAGCGCACGGCGGCUCCUGCAGGAGCACUGCAGCCUCCUCCUCCUCCCCCUCGCCUGCUCCUGUGCAGCAGGAGGUGCAGCAGAUAGCCCUGCAGUCUGUCUUCAGCAUGGCCUGGCUGGACUCGGUCAACAGGGAGAGGGAGCAGCGAGGAGCGCCCCGGCUGCAGCGCCUCCUCCUCUCUGCCCACGGAGAUGUCUUCAGGGUCCCCUGGGAGGACCUGGUCUACCCGCAGUUCAUCAGCCGACCCCGCGCCUCCCUCAAGGAGGAGGAGCUGUCCGUUAAGGACGUAGAAAGUGACUCCUCUGCACAGGAGGUGAAGCUCCUUCCCUCAGCGGCGAGCAGCGAGGGCGAGGAGUCGGAGGGCGAGUACGUGGAGCUGACGGAGCUGCCUCGCUUCUCCCCACAGAAAGGAUCCUUAACCCAGUCCAUCAGCCUGCAGCACCGGGCCCGGACCAGCACACACACACCCCAUAACACACCCCACAACACACACAUACCCUCUGCUGCUGCACACACACCUCAGCCUGCUCUCACACACUGCUCCCCCUGUGUGGAGGUCAGCUCCAGGCUCAGAGAGGUAAAGCUGGACCAGGACUCCUGUGGACCCCUCAUCCUCACCCCCAUCUCCCCCACCUCCUCCUCGGCUCGUCCCUUAGUCUUGGGGACCUCCAGCCUGACGUCACAGGAGCAAACAGGAGGUACUGAUACAGGCAGGAGUCUGGAGCUAAACACUGAACACAGAGAGGAGGAGCAGGAGGAGCGAGGGAGAGAGCGGGAGACAGGAGGAGAGAGGGAGGAGCUGAUAGAGGGGCAGGGAGUGGUUGUUGAAGGUGAAGAGGCAGAAGGCGAGCUGGAGGACUCUGAGCGUAGGAAGAAUGAAGAGUUACUGAGUGAAGGUGAAAAGACAGAGGAGGAGUCUGAGGAGGAGGAGGAAGACAACGAGUUAGAGGAGGUGGAGGUAGAGGAAGAGGUGCAGGAGGUUAUUAUUGUGCAGCAGAGUCUAGAAAGAAGGGAGGAGGAAGUGAUGAAACAAGAUGAGAGAGGAGAGGAAGAGAGAGGAGGUGAACGAACAUACAGAGAUGACUGUUAUUCUGAAAACACACUACAAGCGGACCGUGAGGACUCUUAUUCUGAAAUCACACUCCAAACACAAUCUGAGGAUUCUUAUUCUGAAAACACACAACAAACACACUCUGAGAGCUCUUAUUCUGAAAACACACUCCAAACGCACCCUGAGAACCCUUAUUUAGAAAACAACAUACAACAAACACAUGCUAAGGACUCUUAUUCUGAAAACAGUACGCUACAAACCCACUUUAAAGAGUCCAACACACAACACAAACACUCUGAGGACUCUUAUUUUGAAAAAACAAUCCAAACAGACUCUGAGGACUCUUAUUCUGGAAGAACACUCCAAACACACCCUGAAGACUCUUAUUCUGAAAACAAUUCACUCCAAACACACUCUGAGAGCUCUUAUUCUGAAAACACACUCCAAACACACCCUGAGAACCCCGAUUUAGAAAACAACAUACAACAAACAAACGCUAAGGACGCUUAUUCUGAAAACAGUACACUACAAACACACUUUAAAGAGUCCAACACACAACACAAGCACUCUGAGGACUCUUAUUUUGAAAACAACACACAGCAAACACACGCCAAGGACUCUUAUUCUGAAAAAACACUCCAAACAGACUCUGAGGACUCUUAUUCUGAAAAAACACUCCAAACACACCCUGAAGACUCUUAUUCUGAAAACAGUACACUACAAACACACUUUGGAGAGUCCAACAAACAACACGAACACUCCAAGGACUCUUAUUUUGAAAAAAAUAAACACACAUACACUGAAGAGUCCAACAUGCUACAGACACUUGCUGAGGACUCUUAUUCUGAAAAAGCACUCCAAACACACUCCAAGGACUCUUAUUCUGAAAAUCCACACAAAAUGCAGUCUAAUGACUCUUAUUUUGAAAAUGAUAAACAACACAGUGAAGAGGCCAAGAAGCUUCAAACACUCUCUCAGGGCUCUUACUCUGAAAACAACACACUACAGAAAUACUCUGAGGACUCUUAUUCUGAAAACAAUGAACAAACUCACUCUUAUUUUGAAGACACACUUCAAACGCAUUCUAAGGGCUCUUAUUCUGAAAACAACACACCCUCUGAUGACUCUUAUUUUGAAACCAACGCACCCUCUGUGGAGUCCAACACAGCAGCGAUGGAUCUACACUCACUUUGUGCUGAAACUGACAAGUCUAAAGGAGAGGAGGAGCAAGAAGAGAAGAAGGAGGAGGAGGAGGAGGAGGAGAAGCACCACCAUGAAGAAGAGGAGCCUGAAGAGGAGGAGUGCAGCUGUGAGGAGGUUGGUGGAGGAAGAACUGCAAAUCUUCAGACUGAAGGUCUCAGCCGUCCUCGUGUCGAUCUGUCUCCUGGUCCCAGUCCAUCAGAACCAGAACCACCAGCAUCCUCUCCACAGCCAGGCCCAGUUCGGCCCUCCCAGUCCUCCCAGUCCAGCUUCUUCAGUGUGCUGCUGAGGUCUGGAACUGUGUGUCUGCCUGGUACCAGGGACCGUGGAGGUCGUCCUCUGCUGACCGUCUGCUCCUCCAGCUCCGUGUGGUCUGAUCCAGACUGCGACAGCUCCGAGCUGCUGCGCCUCCUGCUCUACUACACCUCCACCCUCAGGAAGGAGGUGGCGGCGUUGGGGCUGACGGUGCUGGUGGACGCCCGUGGAGCUGCUCCGGUCCCGGCCCUGUUCUCCGCCCUGAGGUCCCUGCUGGAUAACGUGCCAGGCUCCGUCCACAGUGUGUUUCUGCUCGUCAACAAGGAUUCGUCUCUGCGUCCUGACAGAGCUGCAGCCAAAGAGGUGGAGGUGCUGAGCUCUCUGAAGUCUCUUCAGAAACACGUGGAGCUCCGUCAGCUUCCUGCAGAGUUUGGAGGAAGUUUCAGCUUCAGUCAGAGCAGCUGGCUCUGCUUCAGAUCAAGAUUGGAGCAGCUGACCAAUCAGUGUGAAGAUGUCAUCAAGCUGCUGCAGAAAACCAUCAACAUCCUGCAGAGCACACCUCUACCUGUUGCAGCACAGGAUGCCAAGCAGCUGCUGUCCAGGUACCAGGCUGUGAUGUGCAGCAUCCUCACUGACAGCCGAUUGGUGCAGCUGCAACAGGAGGGCGGGGCCUCGCUGUCGCGGCUCCGUAGGGAGGAAAGUGUGCGCGAGGAGCGGCGGGCGGCGGUGGAGAUUGUGGCGUCUCUGUACGAGCAGGUGGACGAGCUGCUGCACCGCCUGGUGACACUUUCAAACCGCAGGACGCAGGAACUCACCUGCAUCCUAGAGUUCAGCCAGCUGGAGGCGGGCUUCAAUGAGGUGCGUGUGUGGCUGCAGGAGGUGGGGGAGGUCCGUCUGAAGAGUCUGGAGGAAGCUGAAGAUUCUCUGGAGCUCCUCAACAAAAAACAACAACAGUUCAAAGAGUUCCACACCACAGCAUACGAGGUGUGUCGUCGUGGUGAGGAGCUCCUGGAGGAGGUGCAGCGUUGGGGGGACGUGUUGUCAGCUGACCUGCAGGUGAUCCAGGUCAGAGUUCACUCGUUCUGGUCUCAACUGCAGGACUUCUCCCAGCGGGUCAGAACCACUGGAACCAACAUCCAGAACGCCCUCAACCUCUACAGCUUCCUAGACCAGGCGUACGGCUGGGCUUUGGCGGGGAUGCGUCAGCUCGCUGUGGUCACCAUGGAGGAUUGUUCGCUGCCCGACAGAUGCCAGGCUGUGAUUGGCUGCCUGGAGGAGUACCAGCGGCAGCACCCGCCCAUCCCAGACGCCCGCUUCCAGGAGAUGAAGGUGGCGGCGGGAGAGCUGCGGGGCGAGCGUGGCCUCCGCCAGUGGAGCUUCGCCUGGUCCAAGUGUCAGGAGACCCGGAGGAUGCUGGACCGGAAGAUGGAGGCAGCGCUCCGGACGCGGGACUCCACCCACAGGCAGCGCUCUGACUCCGCCCUCAGCAGGAGCUCCGCCUCUUCCAGGAGGACGCUGUCUGGGCUGUGGGGGGGCCACAACGAGGAGGACAGCCCUUCCUCCACGCCGCUCCUGCGCCGCCUGUUCCGCAGCGCCUCCUCGGAGGAGUCAGCUGACCCGCCCUGCCUCGACUCCUCACCCCUCUGCUCCUCCUCCCCCCUCUCCUCCCUCUCCUCCUCCUGCAGGAGGCAGCAGCUCAGAAAGACACAGAGCUUCGACAGCCCGCCCCCCCCGGAGGCGGCACGGUACGGCGGUCCUCGCGCUCUCAGUGAGCCGGCGCGGCGCGGUAACACGGGCGUGUUCAUCCGCGGCCUGGAGGUCAGCAGCUCCCAGGCGUCAGACCACACGCUCUGCCCCAGGACGCCGGCACACAGCCGGGCCGGGCUAUGCAGCCCUGGGACCCCCAGGACCUCCAGCAGCCCUGCAGAGCCCCGCCCCCGGGGGAGUAAGCUGCGUCAUGUGGUGGAGGAGAUGGUGACCACGGAGCGUGAGUACGUGCGCUCCCUGCGGUACGUCCUGCACCACUACGUCCCAGAGAUGGAGCGGGCUGACCUGCCUCAGGACCUGCGGGGGAAACGUUCCGUCGUCUUCGGGAACCUGGAGAAGCUGCUCGACUUCCACAGCCAGUUCUUUCUCCGAGAGCUGGAGGCCUGCUGGAAGCACCCGCUGAGGGUCCCCCACUGCUUCCUCAGACAUCAGGAGCAGUUCAGUCUGUACGCGCUCUACAGUAAGAAUAAACCAAAGUCUGACGCUCUGCUGGCCAACCACGGGAACUCCUUCUUCAGGAGGAAGCAGGCAGAGCUGGGGGAUAAGAUGGACCUGUCGUCAUACCUUCUGAAGCCGGUUCAGAGGAUGAGUAAGUACGCUUUGCUGCUGUCUGACCUCAUCAAGGAGGUGGGCGGGGCUCAGGAGGCGGAGCUUAACGCGCUGCACGAGGCCACCAACAUGGUCAAGUUCCAGCUGCGCCACGGCAACGACCUGCUGGCCAUGGAUGCCAUCAGAGACUGUGACGUGAACCUGAAGGAACAGGGUCAGCUGAUCCGUCAGGAUGAGUUCACGGUCUGGUCCGGCAGGAGGAAAUGUCAGCGUCACAUCUUCCUGUUUGAGGAGCUCGUUCUCUUCAGCAAACCCAGAAAGAUGGAGGGAGGACUGGACGUGUUCAUCUACAAACACUCCUUCAAGACUGCAGAUGUGGGACUGACGGAGUCUGCAGGAGAUGAUGGUCUGAGGUUUGAGAUCUGGUUCAGAAGGAGGACGUCUAAGAACCAGACCUUCAUCCUUCAGGCCGCCACGGCGGACGCCAAACACGCCUGGACCACCGCCAUCGCACGCAUCCUGUGGACGCAGGCCACCAGGAACAAAGAGAUGCGUCUGAAGGAGAUGGUGUCUAUGGGGGUUGGUAACAAACCAUUCCUGGACAUCCAGCCAAGCGACGCCGCCAUCAGCGACCGCGCUGUUCAUUACAUCAUGAAGAGCAGAGGUGCCAGAACGAGAGCUUCCAUCGCCGUCUCCGUCUUCGAUCACUCCAACCCUUUUAAACGAGGAGUGGUGACCUCUGACUCCUCAGCAUCAGGACCCUCCUCCUCCUCAUCCUGCAGCCUGCUGGGCCCACUCAACCUGCACAUGUACAGUCAGAACGUCUCCUCGUCUCCGGCGGCUGACGGCUCCUUCAUCACCUCCUGCAUCGAGGAGGACGAGCAGGAACACGAGACCAGCAGCCAGCCCUCCAUGACCACAGAGAGCUCUGGUUCAUCGUCUCGUUGUCUCUCUGGCUCUACGGGCUCUGACAGUGGCUGUGUCUCCGCCCACCUGCAGGAGGCGGGGCCAGAGGACCCCCACCCCCCUCGCCGCCCCACCCCCUCCUCACACACACACCUCAGCAGCCCGUACAGCUCACCUACAGCAGCUGUGGUCAUCAGUCCGGCCUCCAUCGUGUGACCUCUGACCUCCGACUGAUGAAGUGACUGUCGUCCUGUCUGUCUCUCUGUAACUUGUUGAUGUUUUGAAGCAGCUCAGAUUAAAAUAGUUUAUUUAUGUUCUGAUGUUCAUGAGUUAGUUUGUAAAUAACGGUUAGUGAUCAGCUGAUCUGUACAUGUGUGUAAAUAAACGUAAUUUCUUACUUCAAUAAAGUUUGUUACAA